UGUUUCUGCCUUUUGUUUUGUAAAUGUGCAGCAUGUCGACUCUCUCUAGCUUCCUCCACGUUUAGGCGCAGAACGGAUUUGUGUCUUUUGGCUAAUGGGAAAUAAUAGAUGAGGAAUCGAAAGCUCCUUUUUGUGGCACUCAGACACUGAACAAACAGAGUGAUUUUACAAUGACAUUUUCCAGAAUUUUUUAUUUUUCUCUGUAUUAAACAUUUAAAAUUCUUUGUGAAACUCUGGGAAGCGAUCGACAGCUAUUUAUUUCACUUAAAAGUCUCAAGAGAAUAAAUAUGUUGCUCAUUAGGACUUAUUAUUUUCACGAACUGUACUUUAUUUGAGCCAAAUUCAGCAUUUAAUGCUACUUGAGAUAACCUGUGUAUUAUUUCCUCUGAGCUCACAAAGCAGUGGUUGUAAAUUUUCUCAGCAGCUCCCGGUCCACGGUGUUCUCACUGCUUUUCUAAUUAUCCUCCGCACCUUUGGGGGAUUUCUGGUUACACAGCAGCUUUUUUGUUCUCCUGCCAAACUCCCGUCUGUCUGUUGUUUUCAUCCUUUACCAAAACGCAUUACAACGCUGUUAGUGGGUUCGUGCAGCUUUCGGCUCCUGUGUCGCCCUCUUCCAUCUCAGCAGUCUCUGAGGUUUACAGAUCUGCAGUCUCCCCCAACAACCACAUUCAGCUGCUGUUUGACAGAUUUCUCCAUCUUGUUCUCAUUUCAUCCUGGCAGGUACUACGCCGUGCUCUACCCGAUGAUCUACCCCAUGAAGAUCACAGGGAACAGGGCGGUGGUCGUUAUCGUCUACGUGUGGCUUCACUCGCUGGUGGGCUGCCUGCCCCCGUUGUUCGGCUGGUCCUCCUUCGAGUUUGACUGUUUAAAGCGGACAUGUGUCGCAUCCUGGUCCAGAGAGCCGAGUUACGCCGCCUUCUGGGUCACCUGGUGCGUCCUCCCGCCCUUCUUCAUCAUGCUGGUCUGCUAUGGAGUCAUUUUCCGGGUUGCUCGCAUGAAAGCCAGAAAAGUUCACUGCGGGACGGUCAUUGUAGCCCAAGACGACUCAACUGGAACUCAGAGAAGCGGACGCAAGAACUCAAGCACUUCAACGUCCUCUAACGGGAGCAGAAGGAGCCUUGUGUACGCAGGGAGUCAGUGCAAGGCCUUCGUCACCAUCUUGGUGGUUAUCGGCACCUUUCUCAUAACUUGGGGGCCGUACGUUGGGGUGGUGUGCACAGAGGCCCUAUGGGGUCAGGGCAGCGUCUCUGAGGAGCUGGAGACUCUGGUGGCGUGGCUCUCGUUCUGCAGCGCCGUGUGCCACCCGCUCAUUUAUGGCCUGUGGAAUAAAACGGUGAGGAAGGAGCUGCUGGGGAUGUGCUUCGGCGAUCGUUACUAUAGAGAGUCGUUUGCCACAAGACAGCGAACGUCCCGACUCUUCAGCAUCUCUAACAGGAUCACAGACUUGGGUAUGUCCCCGCACCUGACUGCAAUGCUGGCCGGAGGAGGACACCUGCUGGUCCAAGGAAGCAGCACAGGAGACACCGGCUUCAGCUUCACUCAGGACUCAGGCACCGAUGUGAUGCUACUGGAGAACUCCUGCACAGACGGCUCCUCCUUCCCCUCACAAAACGGGAAUCCAUCCGGGAAGAGGCGGAGUUCGGUCACCUUUGAAGACCAGGUGGAGCAUUCCAAAGCUGAAAACACGUCUUCGGCCCAAGUCCACGCAGAGAUUCACAAAUCUCUCGACUCGUUCGCGUCCUGCUUGGCGAAGGCCAUCGAGAGCGACGCCAAGCUCGCGCUGUUCGAGCAGAGUCUAACGCCGCCGGGGGGAGGGCUGUUUGUGACGAGGGGGUCGCAGAAGCCCAGAUACCCCGACGGUCAGAGACUGAGGCUGCAGAGCAUCGACGAAGGCAUCGUCAAGGACGACAGAGAAGAGGAGGAGAAGGAGAAGCUCAUCUGAUCGCUGCAGGUUGGGCUGCACACUAAAACCCUGUGGUACGACUGAUAAAGUCUGGAUUCUCCAAAGUUAUUGACAGACAAGACGAGGCACUUUUUUCACUCAAAGGAACACUGUCAGUGUCCAGGCGAAUUUUUCUAUCAUGUUUGUACUUGUAAUAGGAAUUUUGUACUACUGUAACCUUACAUGGUAAUAAUGUUUUGCAACACUUUUUUUUUUAAUUAUAUAUUUUUAGUACGUGCUGUGGUCAGUUUGAGUAAAAAAAAAAAAAGAGAAAUUAUUGAAAAAAAACCAACUAGCAAAUCUUUCACCUCAGAUUCAAUCUGCUAGUUUCUCUCAUGCAGAUGUUUACAGUCCAAUUAGGUUCUGUUGCAGCAAAGCUUCUUGACCCAGUUUUAGGUUUCCUACCAGCACAGGUAACCUGAUCAGGACCGUUAUUUUCAUGAUGCUUCUAAGCCUUGGGAAUAUAAAUGUUUUUUUUUUUUUUUUCAGGUUUGAUCAGUAUCAAAAAAGUAAUGUAUUGAUUCAAAAUAUUUUAUUCAUGCGUAUUUUUUCUAAAGACCAAACUGAAAUCCUCGUUCUGACUUCAGGAUAAAAUAGUCAUGAAUAAAUUAAAUUUUUAUGUCAACUUGGCUACUUAAAACAAAAUAAAUAAAUUAAAAAAAAACACACCUUUUUGGACAGGCUUAAAGCAAAUGCAUGAAUGCACCAAUCAGGCAUAAACUCCUUAUUAUCAGUGCACUCCUGAUCUAUAGAUUUGACUUGUUUGUCCAGUAUAACAUGAUUGCAUUGAGAUCUGGGGGCGUGGAGUCCAAGAAAGCCUUAAAAGUGAUUCUUCAAACCAUUCCUGAAUCAUUUUACCAUUUUGUGUCAAGGUGCAUUAUUCAGGGAAUAUUUCCUCCACCCUUAUUGAUCUGCAGCUUCUCAUGCAAUCCAUCUGUCAAACUGGGCAACACAGGGCAACUUUGAGAUCCCAUGUGCAGCUGUGAACUCUGGUAAACCACGGUUUCUUCGCCGGGCCUCGUUUGAUGGACACUUGGGAAUGAUAUGACCCAGUUUUGCAGGCAUCACAAAUCAGUUCUCAUCAGACUACCAAAGGCUGAGUGUUUCCUGUUUUUCUGCUCUUAACACACCAGCUUUGAGAAAAAAAAAAAUCUCUUGUUGCCUUACUUACCCCACCAUCUGUUCUUUACUUUUUUCAGUUUUACUCAGAACUUCAACAUAGUCUUGUAAAAUAGACCUUAUGCUAGGUUUUUAAAAACCCGAACUGGUCAUAUAAAUGUGCAGAUUUAUCUUAAAUGUUGAAUUAAUCACCCCAAGAAUCAGAAAGAUGAUUUUUGAUAACCCUGAAACUUUAUCGAAAAAUUGUCUUGAUUUCAAUACAAAUCCUUUAAAUAUAUUUGCUUCAUCUUGUAGCAAAUAUACUUUAUUUAUGACUUGGACUUUAAUUACAGUAAAUGCAGUUUAAUGUCAGGCCAAACUAAGGCUGUAAAAGUUCCAGUUACAUCAUAUUGUUUUUCUUAUUAUUAUUAUUUAGAGACAAUUUCAAAUAAUCAAAUAUUUGAUAAUUCAAAUAAUCAAAAAUUAAAUCACAGCUAAAAAAAAAAAGUCAAGUUUCAUGUAAAAAAACCAAAAAGGUCUUUGUUUCAGUUUGUUUUUUUAGUCCAUUCAGACUCAGAUUCAGCACACAGUGGUACAAAACAAAUAGUCUAUUCAGUCCUUAAACUGAUUGCUGUAGCAAAUAUUUCAGAAACAAAUUAUGCUGAACUGAUGGUUCACAGUCAGCUUACAGAAACGUUUUCAGAGGUAAACGUUGCUUAUCUUUUUCUACAUUUAGUUGUAUUGAAGGACCUCAGCUUAUUUAUUAACCUCAUAUUAUGAUGUUAUUCCCUCAAGACAUGCCUGGAGUGUAUUUAUGAAAUUCAGUUUUACUUUGCAUGUUCUCUUAUUUUUUUUAACUGGUAUGUUUUUAGUAGGAAAAAAAACUACACAUGAGAAGUGAUGUAAUCUUCAAUGAGGUUCAAUUCAUUUUCUAUUGUGACUAUAGACACAGAUAUUUGUAUUAAAAUCUUAUACCAUCAAACAUG